CACACUCACACACACACACACACUCACACACACACUCACACACACACUCACACACACACUCACACACACACUCACACACACUCACACACACACACACACACACACACACACACACACACACACACACAGCCUUUGAAGUGGAGAACUUUGGCCCAACAGUUCUGUCUGGAAUGUCAACAGACGGUUGGAGACUAGCAUUGAGAUCUUCAUCAUGGUUUCCAGGUCCUGCAUGGUCCAGUUUCUCGGUUUCAUGCUUAUGCUUCACCAGUCCCUGACUUCAGUCUUCCUAAAUCAGGAGGAAGCCAACAAUGUCUUGAAAAGAGAAAGAAGAGCCAACUCUUUCUUGGAAGAGUUGAGAUCAGGCUCUCUGGAGAGAGAAUGCAUUGAAGAAAAAUGUUCAUUUGAAGAAGCCCUGGAAAUCUUCAAGAGCAAGGAAAGGACUAAACAGUUUUGGAUUUAUUACAAUGAUGAUGAUCAAUGUGCUUCAAAUCCCUGCCAGAAUGGAGGAACCUGUGUUGACCAGUUCCAAUCCUACAUCUGCUUUUGCCCUGCCAGGUUUGAGGGCAGAAACUGUGAAACAGACAAAGAUAGUCUGCUCAUCUGCAAAUAUGAAAAUGGGGGCUGUGACCAGUACUGCCUCGAUAAUCCUGAAACUGUACGCCAGUGCCAUUGUGAGCCCGGCUAUGCUCUGGCCCCAGAUGGGGUAUCCUGCAAUCCAGUAGUUGACUAUCCCUGUGGGAGAAUACCAGUUUUGGAAAAGAGAAAUAGAAGCAUUCCAGAAGGCAGAAUCGUAGGUGGUAAUGCGUGUCCUAAAGGAGAAUGUCCAUGGCAGGCUCUGAUAUUACUGAAAAAUGAAUUGUUAUGUGGUGGCACUCUUCUUACUGACACCUGGGUCGUCUCUGCAGCUCACUGCUUUGAUAAACUAUCCCAUGGUUUUCAGAAUAGCGUAACAGUGGUACUUGGUGAGCACAAAAUAGACAAAGACGAAGGAACGGAACAGAAGAGAAACGUUGCUGAUAUCAUCAUUCACAAGCAGUACGUUAGGCUGAAAAUCAACCAUGACAUCGCCCUGGUCCGUCUGCAAAAGCCCGUAAACUUCACAGACUAUGUGGUGCCCCUGUGCUUGCCUGAGAAGGCAUUCUCUGAGAACCAUCUGGCUUAUAUCAGGUUUUCCUCAGUGACUGGCUGGGGCCAGCUCCUGGACAGGGGGGUCACAUCUUUAGAGCUCAUGAUGAUUAAGGUGCCCCGGCUAAAGACCCAAGACUGCCUCGAGCAAAUGAAGAGGACGCCCCAAACACCUGCCAUUACUGAGAACAUGUUCUGUGCAGGCUUCCUGGAUGGGACCAAGGAUUCCUGCAAGGGGGACAGUGGAGGACCCCACGCCACCAAGUACAAGGGCACUUGGUAUCUAACUGGGAUUGUCAGCUGGGGGGAAGGUUGCGCAUCAGUGGGGCACUAUGGGAUUUAUACAAGGGUCUCCAAAUAUAUCGACUGGCUGAAUACACACAUAAAUCCCAAUUCUUCCUUUUCAGUUAGUUGACACUAAUCCUCUCCUACACCAAUGGUUACUCAUAAGAUGUCUUUAGUAUCUACUGUAACUGGAAUAAAGUACUUACCAUUUGAAACCCUUCUUAGCAAUAAAUCCAAUCGCAUUA